UACAAACUAAAUUUCUCUACGUUUCUUCUGCCGCCGGAUGUCAUGAAGUAGAUAAACCAUUAACGUAAUGUUCCUGAUAUCACACUGCAACAACCCCAAGAUAUUUAACAGACAGUAGGCGAAAAAUGGCAUUCAGAAGGGACAGGAGUAUUCGGGAUGUGUAUGAGGACAGAUUUCCUAUGGAGAGAGGGGGCCCUUACAGGAGGUCUGGUUUUGGGCGUCCGGAUGAAGACUAUGGGCGAGGUUUUGAAUACGACAACCCUCGGUUUUACCCUGGAGGAGGGCCCCCCCGCAGUUACCAUGGCGAUGGCCCCCACUUUCCUGCUGAACACAGAGCGGGGCCCCCAGGCCGGAGGGAUGAGUCCUACCAGUACUACAGAGGAGCUAGGGAGGAGCCACUCCCAGGGAGGCCUAUGGACUUCAGAGGAGGCCGAGGCGGCCCACUGCCCCCACCUGGCGGUAGAGGUCAAGGGUCGUAUCCUCCCCCUCCCAGGCCGUUACCCCCACUGGGCCCUGAGGCCGGCGAUGACACGGUGAUGCAGGCCAUCCUCAGCCUGGACCGAGGCGAGGAGCACGAGGGCCUGCGUCCCCGUAAGGCUCCGUUCCCGGCGGUGCGUGACCGUUCCCCGUUGAGGCGAGACGUGCCCCCCUCCCCCCACAGCCGCUCGGGAUCCAGCAUCAGCAGCCGCAGCUUCUCACCGGACAGGGGCAAGGCCCACCCAUACCCACCCCCGCCCAGCAAGAGUGUGGGCAUUGGGCCCGCUGGUGCUCCUGGGUUUCAUGGGGAGAUGCCACGGAACCGGAGCAGUUUUGGCGAGCCGACGCCACACACACCCAGCGAAAGGGAAAAGCCAUCCGCUCCUUUUAUCAGUGGGUCUCGAGAUGGCUCCCCUCACAGUUCAGCUUCUGUCUCUAAGGUGACCUGAAAUGGCUAUGAUAAUGUGGUCUUUGGCUACUCCAUGCAAAUGUUCAAUAACGUAUGAAUGAUGGCUCAACGGAGAGAGAAGCAGGGUGAAGGGAAGGUAAGGCCAAGACUUUCAAACACGUGGAACAUUUUAGUGAAAUAAAUCAGCAAAACAGGUUGAAUUCAGACUCCGAGUU